AUGAUGCCUGUCGACGAUGCAGAAGCUGAGGACGUGCAGGGCUCCGCUACCGGCUCUGAGGAUAAGCAAGCCGUCUCUAAAAAGCGAAAGCUCUCUAGUAGGGACGAUAAUCAGGAAAAUGAAGGUCCCGCUUGCCAGAACUGUCGAAAGAAAAAGUCAGCAUGCUCGAGAACCCAGCCAUGUUCCGCAUGCGUGAGAUACAAUGUCGAGUGUGUCUACUACGACGGAAGAGCCAAAACGGGUGUUCGAACUGGCGCCAUUGAAAGCAUCAACCAAAGGAUUGCGUCGCUGGAGCAAAUGUUCCUGGGCCAAAGCAUCUUAUGGAAUCAAUUGUUUGGGGGCUUGAAUUCUCCCACGAGCGGAAGCGUCGAGAACACAAGCCCGGAUGGAUUUACACAAGAAAACUUGGAGCAGUCCAUUACUCAAUUGCGGAAUCGACUGGCUUCUACUGUACAGAACAAGCAACAAUCCGCGACGCAGAACUUGGUUGGGCCAUCACAAUUACCGAAAUCUCUCAGUAGCAGUACACCAGGGGCUACCAGUGAAGCUCGAUUACCGCCAGACGACCUCAUGGACGCACUUAUCGAGAUAUACUUUGAACAGGUGCACCAAUGGAUACCAAUGCUUCAUGUUCUGCACUUUCGCCAGCGUUUAUUAAUGCCCAAUGGGCGUGAAAGCGCGUCUACCAUUUUCUACGCCAUUACAUCGUUAUGUGUACGAUUUUCCAACGACCCACGUCUCGGACAGGGCGCUGAAAAGACGGCCUACGCUCGACAAUGCCGACAAGUAGUAAUACUUCGCAGCAUGGAGUCUUUCUCGGUGGAAAAUCUACAAGCUUUGACUAUUUGCUCUUUUGAUUUGAUUGGCGGCGGACGAGGACCAUCCGCAUGGUCGAUUGUUGGCAGCAUGACACGAACAGUUGAGCAACUUCAGCUCAGUGUGGAAGAAGAGGACCAGAAUAAGCCACUCACCAAGACGUUAAUCAGGCGCAUGAAUUUUCUACCCCGAUGCCGCAGCUGGAGCGAGACCGAAGAGCGCCGGCGCGUCUUUUGGAACAUCUUUAUAAUGGAUCGCUUCUGCAGCAUUGCCACGGGAUGGAACUUUUCUCUCACCAGUGCCGAUGUCAAACGAAGACUUCCUUGCGAAGGCAGCCUAUGGGAACGUGGCCAGCCGCUCGAUGUACCCACGCCCUACUUUGGCAUCGCAGACUUAACGUCACGGGCUAAUCCGGCUGUCCCAACAGCUCGACCUGAUGGUGAGGAUCAGGAUCUCUUGGGUGGUUUCGCCUUCUGUAUCGAGGCAACCGAGAGCCUGAGCUUGGUUACCUCGUUCUUCCUUCAGCAUGAUCUAGACUUUAGCGACCCUCACCAGUUCCAGCUAUGGUUGGUCCGUUUCAAGCAGCUUGACUUGCGGUUGGUCCAAUGGAAAAUCUUUCUACCCAAGCCUUGGCGGGAAGCGUGUGUUCUCAACGCAGAUGGCAAUAUGGAUCCCAACCUCACACUGGCGCACAUGACUCAUAAUACCGCGGUGAUUCUACUUCACCAAGUUAUUGCGUUCCCAUUACCCGAGUGGCAGAGCCAACGGCUACGAUUGCCAUCCCUCUCGAGUGCAGAGACCUGCUUUGCGGCCGCGACCGAAGUGAGUAUCAUUGCGGAAGCGUAUUUGCAACGAUCGACUUCCUUAACCAACCCUCAGUUCGCAUUCUGUCUGUUCAUCUGCGGGAGGUUGCUUUUAGCCUAUUCUUCUUACCACAGCCAGCCUCUGGCUCCUUCAUUCAACUCGCUGGUUUCAAGUCUUUAUAACAUCUCUAGCCGCUGGAACGGACCGUUUAGCGACGAUACAAAUGGGGAGACACACAACUUGGCGUCCAAGUUUGCCACACGGCUAACGCAGGCACGGCAGCAUGACCAACACAUUCUCGAUAUACGGGAGCCGGUAUAUUCGGACGACCAGUACAUUGAUAAGACGACAGUCAACACCAACAGGCGUGAAGGAUCAGCGUCAGGCCCAGGCUCUUUUACCCACGGCAUUGACACUACCGGCGUCGGCGUGCCCACUCCCUCACUUAGUGAUCUCCACGGGGCAUCACCCGACAGCAUCUCGAUGGCAUUUCCACCUUUACCGCUGAGUCUGCAGGGCCAGAUAUCCUACAGCAAUCACUCAAAGUCUAUGCCAAUUGACUCUCCUCGGGCUGGUGUUGCGAUAGGCGUGCAGCCCGCAGACCCCAUGAUGGCGGAAGUUCACUCUUAUGACGGUGUUGAUGCUUUUCUCGAUCCAUCUUUUCCACCCGAUCAGAGGGUGAGCGUUUUUUCUUAUUCAAACAACAUGUAA